AUGACAAUGAGUCAAGUGCAACAGCCUCCCGUUCUUCUCCUUAGCCACGGCACCACCCUUCUCACUGGGGAACAAUCCCAUAUCCGUGAUUACUGGCUAUCCCACGGGGACAAGGCCAUCCAGUAUGGAAUAAAAGGUGUCAUCAUCAUGGGGGCCCAUUGGAAUAUUCGGGGACGAAAAGUGCGCGUUGCCACCAACACAAAUCCUGUACCCCAGAAUAUUCCACUCGUGAGACGGUCAGAAUACGUUGAUUACAAGUGCACCGCUGAUGUCAAGACCGCAAAACGAUGUCUUGAGAUGCUCAGAGCUGCGGGCUUCGAUUCAGAGGAAGACCCCAAGUUCAAUUGGCUGAUUGAUACCUUUCCCGUACUCCUCCGCAUGUUCCCUAAGGGUUGUCCACCCGUAACAAUUAUAUCGCAGAACCAGUACUUUGAUCCCCACUACCAUCUUGAGAUCGGUAGAGUGUUGCGCCCGCUUCGAAAGGAGGGCUAUCUUUUUAUUGGAUCUGGAGGUGGCGUGCACAAUCUAUAUCGCACAGAUUGGAAGUACAUGCGCACAUACAGAGACAACUUCGCGCAGGAAAGGCCGCCUGAUGAAACCCAUCUCGAGUUUCGACAGGCACUGGAGGAUGUCAUUUGCAAGAAUGGAGGAGGGCCUGAUUUGAAGCGGGGAAUUGUUCGUCUAAUGAAGCAUCCGAAUUACCGCGAUGCUCAUGGGACUGAUGACCAUUAUAUGCCCACCUGUUUUGUGGCGGGUAUAGUGGGCGAGGAGGAGGACCGUGGGGAUCCUGCGACAUUGGGAGCUGAAGUUUGGGAGUUGCGCAACCAAGGUGAAACUCAGUUUGCUAUUGGAGAUUGGCCAGAUGUUGCGAUCCGAAUCUUAUAA